AUGACACGAGGCGUUACUUGGUCCAUAUUCACCCUCGCGACAAUCUGCUUGAUUGCUCGCAUGCUCUCUCGACUACCCGCGCUGGGUGGAAAGGGCUAUGGCUGGGACGACCGUGUCAUCGUAUUCAGUUGGUGUGUUUUGAUCCCGUCAGACAUCAUCCUCGACAUGAUGACACACGUUGGCCUCGGACAGGACAUCUGGAUGGUCGAGAACCCCGAGCAGAACAUCACUGCUAUCCUCUUCUGGUUCUACGUCUCGGAGUAUACCUACAUCGUCUCUCUUUCGUCGACAAAGAUCUCCAUCUUGCUGCUUUACCUGCGCAUGUGGCCCGAUGCCGGCUCCACUCCAGGCCAUCGAUGGUUCCAUCGCUGCUGCAUCCUCCUCAUUGGCGUCUUGUUCAUGUACGCAGCUCUUGUGCUCGUUGUGCUUGGCCUGGAAUGUCAGCCAAUCGACUAUGCCUGGACACGCUGGGAUGGAACGCAUCACGGCUACUGCAUCGACCAGAACGAACUCAUCUACGCCUCCGCAUCUCUGAAUAUUCUCUUCGACAUCCUCACCAUCAUCCUUCCAGUGCCACGACUCCUGGCACUGCAGAUUCCCGGCCGCAAGAAGAUUGCCAUUGUCGCCACUUUCCUAGUCGGUCUCUUCGUCACCCUGUGCAGUAUCAUCCGUCUCCGCUACCUUGCGGCCUUCGGCAACGCGUCCAACGUCACCUGGCUCUACAACCCCAUCGCUAUCUGGUCCAACGUCGAAAUCAACCUCGGAGUCGUCUGCGCCUGCAUGCCAGCCCUCGCCGGUCUCAUGCAGCGCCUGUACAUCAUGGUCACGGGCCGUGAACUCACCACCAUGCGCUCCGGACGACCGUCCGCUUCUGGAAUGGAUGGCAACGACGACGCUGCUCCCAACCAACGCUACGAGCUCGAAGAAAAGUCGCAUCGAUUUUCCGCCGGAACGGCUCAGUACUACGGCCGCGACGACCAUACCGGCAAGUCCUCCUCAAGGGCAUACGCCGACGAUGCCGUCUCACUUGACGACUCCAUCCCCCCGACCACAGCGAAUGAGAUGCCGCGCAUGUCUGAGUUUGAUCGUGCGCAGCAGAUGAUUGCGGGCAACUCGGCUGCUUUUUCAGAUCUGAGGAACAACAGUCAGUAG